GGGUUUAAAAUAUUUAUAGGGGAGAGUGUGUUGUGUUGAAUUCUAAUUCCACAAUCAUUCCAUUUAAGGCUUUGAAGUGAGUGUUUAAACAUUAAACAUGGCCAAUAUGAAGCAUAUCGGAAAGAAAGCAUGUGUGAUCGGUGGCAGUGGAUUUAUGGCUUCUUUGUUGAUCAAGCAGUUGCUUCAAAAGGGUUAUGCUGUUAAUACCACUGUUAGAGACCCAUGUAACCCCCAAAAAAUAUUUCACCUAGUGGCACUGGAAAGUUUGGGCAAUCUAAAAAUAUUUGGAGCAGAUUUAACAGUGGAAGAAGAUUUUGAUGCCCCUUUAUCAGGCUGUGAACUUGUAUUCCAAUUUGCUACACCUGUCAACUUUUCUUCUGAAGACCCUGAGAAUGACAUGAUCAAGCCAGCAAUCAGAGGCGUGUUGAAUGUGUUGAAAGCAUGUGCUCGAGCAAAAGAAGUGAAACGAGUCAUCUUAACAUCUUCAACAGCUGCGGUAACUAUUAACCAACUCAAUGGGACAGGUCUUGUUAUGGAUGAAAGCAAUUGGACUGAUGUUGGGUACUUGAACACUGCAAAGCCACAUAGUUGGGGAUAUCCUGCAUCCAAAGCACAAGCAGAGAAGGCUGCAUGGAAAUUUGCUGAAGAAAAUAACAUUGAUCUCAUCACUGUGAUACCUACUCUCACAACUGGCCCUUCUAUCACUCAAGACAUCCCAACCAGUGUUGGCUUGGCCACAUCCCUUAUAACAGGGAAUGAUUUCUUCUUAAAGGCUUUGAGAGGUAUGCAAUUGCUGUCAGGUUCAAUAUCCAUCACUCAUGUGGAGGAUAUUUGCCGAGCACAUAUAUUUGUGGCAGAGAAAGAAUCAGCUUCUGGACGUUACAUUGUUUGUGCUCACAAUACUAGUGUUCCUGAGCUUGCAAAGUUUCUUAGCAAAAGAUACCCUCAGUAUAAAAUUCAAACCGAGUUAAUUUGAUGAUAUCCCCUACAAGGCAAAGUUAGUCAUCUCUUCUGAGAAGCUCAUCAAAGAAGGGUUCAGUUUUAAGUACGGAAUUGAAGAAAUUUUUGACCAAAGUGUGGAGUACUUAAGGAGUAAGGGGGCCCUCAAGAACUAAAUUUUGAUGUUCUUGCAGACUCUCCCAUUGUUAUGUAAUAGCAAUCUACUAUCAGGUUGAGUACAAAUUAGGCGAAUAACUUCAAAAUAAGGGUAUGAAAUGUUAUUUGAUCAUAGAUCCUCCUCUUGUCAAUGUCGAGAAAUUAGAAAUAGUGGAGAAAUUUUGUUAGUUAAAUGAAUAAUUGAACUACAUGUUUCUUUCGCA